AUGGCUUCUAUUCACUCAGAUACAAGCCUCAAAAAGGAUUAUUUCGAAACCGACAUUUCGGAAGUCGGAACUGGCGCCGCUGACCAUGGUAAUCAGGGAAUCAAAUUUGCCGACUUGGAAAAGGGCAAAAAUGUCCACCCUCUUCUGACCAGUAGAAGACCAUCGAUGCAUGGUCUUCGAAGAAACAGUCAGGACUCUACAUUCACAUUGCGUGAAAGAGUUCCUCCUGAAAUGGUUCUUCCGACUCUUUUCCGCUCGGUCUCUCACAAAGUGGAAGCAGAGUUGGAGAGCUGUCACAACCUUGACGAAUCUACCAGUAAAUUCACUGGUAUAACUUUCCACACCGAGGACGCCGCUCAUAUUGCCGAGACUUUCGAUAGUAGCUUGGAAACUGGUUUGUCUACGUCUGUUUACCAACAAAAAUUCGCCCAGUACGGUGAGAAUGUGCAAUCCAAGCCACAAAGCCAGUUGUUGAAGAAGUUGUUCAUGUACUUUUUCGGUGGUUUCGGUUCCUUGCUUCUUACAGGAGGUAUUCUUUGUAUUAUCUGCUGGAAGCCUUUGGGAAACCCCCUGCCUGCCAUUUCAAACUUGGUAUUGGGUGUUAUUUUGCUUGUCAUUUUCGUGCUCCAGGCAUGCUUCAACUUCUUCCAAGACUUUUCUAGUUCGCGUGUCAUGGACUCCAUCCACGACAUGAUUCCCUCGGAGGCCCUCAUUGUUCGUGACGGCAACCUCCAACAAGUUGACUCCAAACUCAUUGUUCCCGGUGACCUUAUAUGCUUGAGCGCAGGAACAAAGGUCCCAGCUGAUGUCAGAAUUUCCGAAUGUUCUCCUGACUUUGCUUUUGACAGAUCCAUCUUGACAGGAGAGUCUCAUCCAAUCCCAGGUACUCCAGUUGCUGACGCUCAUGGUUCCAACUACCUUGAAACCAGUUGUAUUGCAAUGCAAGGUACUUUCGUAAUCAGUGGUUCGGCUAAAGGUGUCGUUGUCGCUACCGGUGAUGACACUAUUUUCGGUACAAUCGCCAAGUUGACUUCUGCUCCAAAGAAGGGCUUGUCCCCAAUGCAAUGGGAAGUUUUACGUUUCGUCAUCAUGACCUCGUCUUUCAUUGUUUUCUUGAUCGUCAUUGUCGUCAUUUUGUGGGCUGUUUGGUUGCGCAAAAGCCACCCUGAUUGGAUCAAUGUUCCUGCUUUGAUUGUGGACUGUGUUUCUAUCGCCGUGUCAUUUAUUCCAGAGGGUUUGCCUAUCGCUUUGACCACCUGUUUGAUCAUUACUGCCAAGCAGAUGCGUGAGAGCAAAAUUCUUUGCAAAUCUUUGGCUGUGGUUGAAACUUUGGGUUCCGUUUCUGUUUUGUGUUUUGAUAAGACUGGUACUUUGACAAAAAAUGCCAUGUCUGUCACUAAUGUGUGCCACGCUACCGAUGAAACUAUCCUCAGAGAUAUCGAGAGUGAAGAGAACGAUGCCACUACCGAUUUGUCAAACCCACAAACCCGUCAUUUGCUCACUAUUGGUACAAUUUGUAAUGAAGUUGUAACAACCGCUGACGGUACAUUGACUGGUAACGCUACUGACAAGGCUAUCUACACAUACACAAACAAGAUUGAACCCCGCCAAACCUUCGAUGCCGAAUGGUCUUCCAGAUUUGAUGUUGCCUUCAACUCGAAGGAGAAGUACAUGGCUAAAAUCUUGCAACCAAACUCAGAGAAACAACACUCAACCGAACCUUGGACCUCUUUGGGACUCGCCGUGGACCAAAGUAUUACAUCUAGCACUUUACUCUUGACUGUCAAGGGAGCUCCAGACAUUUUGAUUAAAAAGUGUACUCACCUUCUUGAAGCUGACGGAGUCAACGAAUUGGAUGACGCAACGAAACAAAAGAUUACGAACAUACAAGAGAAGUGGUCUAACAGUGGUAAGAGAGUGAUCUUGUUUGCCUCGAAGCUAGUCACUGCCUCUAAUUUUGACUUUGAAAAUCGCUCUGAGACCGUCAAGGCUGUUAGACAAGAAAUUUCCAAGAACUUGACCUUUAUUGGUAUGGUCGGAAUCGAAGAUCCUCCUCGUAAGGGUAUCGACAACGUUAUUUCCAGAUUGAAGGAUGCUGGUAUCAAGACCGUGAUGAUUACUGGUGAUAAUGAACUCACUGCUUUGUCAAUUGCAAGACAAGUUGGCAUUGCUACCUCUGAUGUGAACAAGUACAAUGACAUUGUGAAGAGUGAAGCAAUGAAUGGAUCGGAUUCAAGCACUGAGCCUAUUGAUAAAGCUGUCAGUCUCACUGGUCCAGAUCUUUCGAGAUUGACCAUUCCUCAAUGGGAUUGGGUGUUGAGACACAAAGAAUUGGUUUUCUCUAGAACAACUCCGGAGCAUAAAUUAUUGAUCAUCAAGGAGUUCCAAGAGCGCAAGGCCAUCAUUGGUAUGACCGGUGACGGUAUUAACGAUUCUCCAUCCUUGAAACAAGCCGAUGUGGGUAUUUCUUUGAUUGAUGCAUCCGAUAUUGCAAAAGAGGCUUCUGACUUGAUCUUGAUGUAUGAUGGUGAGGAAGAAGAUGGCUUGUUCAAUUCUAUUAUCGAGGCAUUGAGAUUCGGAAGAUUGGUGUUUGAGAACUUGAAGAAAACCUUGGGCUACUUGCUUCCUGCUGGUACCUACGCUGAGCUUUGGCCCGUAAUGUUGAACAUUUUGAUUGGUAUCCCACAAAUGUUGUCUUCAUUCUUGAUGAUCAUUAUUUGUUGUGUGACUGACUGUGCCAAUGCUAUUAUCUUGGCUUACGAACCAGAUGAGAAGAACUUGUUGAACCGUCCACCAAGAAGUGUUACCGGUGAGAGAUUGGUCGACGCCAAGUUGUUGGGACACUCUUACUUGACCAUUGGUACCUACUAUGCCUUCACAUCCUUCUUGCUUGGUUUCAUUCAUUUGCAAAGAAAGGGGUUCAGUUUCUCCCAAUUCACAUUGAGUUAUGGUUCCUACCUGAACUUGCCUGGUGUCAGUGACGCAAUCAACACGGCUUCUUCGAUCUACUUCAACAACUUGGUGAUCAUGCAAUGUUUCAACUUGUUGGCAAUGAGAACUCGUUACUUGAGUGUAUUCCAACACUCUCCUUUGAAGAACAAGAAGAUCUUUUUCGUUAUUCCAUUCUCCAUUGCAGUGACCUUCUUCUUGAACUACAUUCCAGCUAUACAAAACUCCAUGGGUACUUCCAAGGUUCCAGUUGAAUACUACUUCAUCUCUAUUGGUUUCGGUUGCGUGGUUCUUGUCUACGACGAGCUCAGAAAGUUCUUCGUUAGAAAGUACCCAACGAGCUUCAUUUCCAAGAUUGCCUGGUAA